AUGAAGUCGAUAUGGAGGCGCUGGACAGUAUCGAAUAAAACGACACCAAAGGCUAUCUCAUUUUACUCUCAUUCCAAUGGCGAUAUUACCGCAGAGGUUAUCUCAUCUCCCUCGAAUUCCAACGACGCUAUUUCUAACAACAGCACGCCAAAGGUUUUCGCAGGUCGUUCCAAUUCCAAGCGCGACGUGACCGCAAAGGCUAUCUUAUCUCACUCUAAUUUCAAGGACGAUAUUUCUAAUAGCACUAGGCCAAAGGUUUCCUCAUCUCAUCCUGAUUUCAACCACAACAUUCCUAAUAGCACUAGGCCAAAGCUUUCCUCAUCUCACUCUGAUUUCAACCACGACAUUCCUAAUAGCACUAGGCCAAAGCUUUCCUCAUCUCACUCUGAUUCCAACCACGACAUUUCUAAUAGCACUAGGCCAAAGCUUUCCUCAUCUCACUCUCAUUCCAACCACGACAUUUCUGAUAGUACUACACCAGAGGUUAUCUCAGCUUACUCUAAAUCCGAUAAUACUACACCAGAGGUUGUCUUAUGUCACUCCGAUUCCGAUAAUGACAUUGCCUACGGCAAGAAAUUAGAAGUACACUUGAAAGAGCUCGGUGUAAGGGUUUUCAGAACUGAUAAAUCACUCACUCCAGGAAAGUCCAUAAGUGCAGAAUUUGGUAGACUUGCUCAGAAGCUCUUUAUCUUUAUUUUAAGCGGACACAUUUUUACCCGUGCGAAUAACUGGCUAGAUCAUGUUUUAUCACUUAAAAGCGAUGAAGCUGAUCCUUCAGCUAGUACAAACAGGGGACUCGAUGAUAUUGUUAUAAUUCCUGUUCUACGUAUGCCAAGUCAUGAAUUCGAUCGCUAUUGCCGCCCUAGCUUAAGUAAUUUAAACAAAAUCGAAGGUUUAAGAGGGCCCUCAAGCGUUGCCGAUAUUGUACAUCAUAUUCUACAGGAAGGAAGUACAAGUAGUAAUUUUGCACCUUGGCUAUCCCAAUAUCUUCGUAAUCGAAAGGGUCAAGAGUUACCCAAGGGUAUACAAUACGAUGUAUUUGUUACCUAUCAAGAAAAAACAGAAUACGUACAAGCAUUAGUGGGAAAACUGCGCUCAGAUUGGUUCAGUUUAAAGGUCUACGAUAAAAAGCUAGAAGGUUUAACACACUCUCUUAUUGAGCCAACAAUUGAGAAAUCGGCUAAGAUUUUGGUCAUUUUAAACGGCAAUUUUAACUCUGUAAAGUGGCAGAAUCAUUAUCAACCAUGGAUAAAGUAUCAUAAAAAAACUGCUCAAGUUACGUGUAUACUAUGUGAUCCAGAAAAAUUUUCAAGAUUAAGUGAGACCGUUUUUGCAAAGGCGCAGCGCAUUGACUGGAAUGAUGCCUACCUAUACGAAACGUUGUAUAAAAGAUUACGGGAACAGUAA